AUGUCCCCGGUCUUUUCUUCUCAGACCCCUAAAAGGCAGUGGGAAAACGCCACCUGGCUGGUCACAGAGUUUGUGCUGGUGGGUUUCUCCAGCCUCCCCGGCCUGAGGACCACCCUCUUCACGCUGUUCUUCCUCAUGUACCUGGUCACCCUCAGCGGCAAUGUCACUAUCAUCACCAUCAUCCACGUGGAUCGGACCCUUCACACGCCCAUGUACCGCUUCCUGGCGGUGCUGUCCCUCUCCGAGACCUGCUACACGCUGGUCACUGUCCCUAACAUGCUGGCUCACCUGCUCAUGGAGAGCCAGGCCAUCUCCAUCGCUGGCUGUCGCGCGCAGAUGUUCUUCUUCCUGGGCCUGGGUUGCAGCCACUGCUUCCUCCUGACCCUGAUGGGCUACGACCGCUACGUGGCCAUCUGCCACCCGCUGCGUUACUCGGUGAUCAUGAGACCUGCGGCCUGCCUCUGCCUGGGAGCCCUGGUUUUCUGCGGGGGGUUCUCAGUGGCCUUGAUCGAGACGGGCAUGAUCUUCUCCUCGCCCUUCUGCCGCAGCGACCGCGUGGAGCACUUCUUCUGCGACAUCGCCCCAGUCCUGAAGCUCAGCUGCGCGGAGAGCGCGGGCAAAGCCCUGGCCAUCUUCUUCCUCAGCGUGCUCGUGGUGCUGGUCUCCUUCCUCCUCAUCCUCCUCUCCUACGCCCUCAUCGGCGCCGCCAUCCUGAGGAUGCGCUCCGCAGCCGGCCGCCGCAGGGCCUUCUCCACCUGCGCCGCCCACCUCACCGUGGUCGUCGUGCAUUUCGGCUGCGCCUCCAUCGUCUACCUGCGGCCCGAAUCUGGAGGAAGCGCUGACCAGGACCGCCUGGUGGCUGUCUUCUACACGGUGGUGACGCCGCUGCUGAACCCCGUGGUGUACACUCUGCGCAACAGGGAGGUGCGGGUGGCUCUGAGGAGGACGCUGGCACGCAGCCGUGGGGGUUCCAAAUAG